GGUCAGAGUGGCGUCUUGUAGCUGUCCCAGGAGCCCGCGGCGGCAGUUGGAGUUGAUGCCCAGGAAGGAUGAGGACGGUCUGGCUCCUGGGGCUGCUGUGGGCGCUCCUGGUCUCAGAGAUCGGAGCUGCAGCUGAAUCAUCCGAGGCAGCAAUAAAAUAUGUCCAGAGAGAGGGAGAUUCCGUGGAAUGGAGCUGUCCCUUCAGCUUCGGGAGACAUGCCACCAGCAAGAAGGCUUUGCAGAGGCUGAUAGACGGAGCGGAGCCGCUGACCAUGGCGCGCAUAGAGAAGCCUUCGGGGGAGCCCAUUCAAGUCCAAACGGGGAGGAUCACGCUAGAAGAAGUCCCCCAUGAUACCGUACUGAAAGUACGGAUUACAAACCUUCAAGUAGAAGACUCGGGACUGUAUCAGUGUGUGGCCUACGACCCUCCCGUAGACCCUGAACUCCUGGCGUUUCGUGUCCACCUGGUGGUGGCCAAGGGUAUUACUGCCUCCGACAAGAAUCCUACUGAGAUCUUGCCUGAGACUACCAGAGUUCCUCCUACUACCAUCGAGGCCUUGACCCCGCCAUAUACCAGCUCCAGCACCAUCACCCAAGCUCCAUUCCGUUCCACUACUGUCAUCUCCACUCCUGGCCCUGGAGUCACCCUUCAAAAUGUGACAAAUGUCACCAGGGUCUCUGUGUUCAGCAUUGUCGUCCCCGUGGCCUGUGGACUCCUGACUAAGAGCCUGGUCUUCACCGUCUUGCUUGCUGUCACCAGAAGUCAUUUUGACUGUAGAUAGAUGAACCCAUGGGAAUGACCUCUGACCUCCAGCCACGACCGUCUGGCAGUUGUGCCGCGAGAGGGGUGGGGGGUGGAGGGAGAAAAACUGGGUUGUGUGCGUGUCAAUGACAUGAAUUUUACCUGGGAUCACUGGCUAUGUCUAAGGUCAGGAUCCCACCUUCCUGGCCCUGCCGACGCCCCUCGUUUCACCGAUAACCCCGGCUGUGCCCUUUGCCCUCUCAGAAGAGAAGACGUAGCCCCCAACGUGCCCUUCCUUCCACAGGCGGCUCGGGGUUUGCGUGAACCAAAGACAGUCCAGUGCUUUCGCUGCUGCUCUCCUGUGGGGUCGUGAGGCACAGCGGCCACACCCGGUGUUUCUCUGGCUCGUCCUCGCCCUGGAACGGUGCACUUUCGGCCUGACCUGGGCAGAGCUCCCGCUCCAGGAGCAUCCCAUCCUGCUCACCCCACCGCUGGGACUCCCUCUCCAGCCUCAGACACUGAGGCAUCACUCUUCAUACGUGGCGCUUUCCAACACCCCCAGAAAAGGGCGUCGAAAACCAUGCAACGUGGGGAAAACAAGACACCAUAGCAAGAAUUGCAUAUUUGGGAAAGAGAAAGCAAGUGGAAUACCCUGUCCUGGGGAAAUACUGGCAGGAGGAGAUGGGGUCUGCAGGAUAGCAUUGAUGGACGAGAUUGGGCGUGCUUUGUGCAUUUUGUCUCUGGAUCCUGCAACUAAUUCCAUGAAGGCAGAGAUGCAUGGGACUAGAAUGAAGCCACAUGAAUAAUGUCACCGCUUACUGGCAAGAACGAAAACUGAAGAGCUCGUUUCCUGAAGGGCCCCAAAGCCAUGUAGAAUAGAACAGCUUGGAGUUCUGCCUAUGUCUGAAUGCCUCUCUUCCUGUAUUUCACAGGGGCAGGGAGGGUGGGGUGACAAACUCUCCACUGAAGCUCAGAAGGCUGUCCCCAUGUGCUCUCCUGGCUCCUCCUUCUGCCUUCCUCCUCCUCCUCCUCCUCCUCCUCCUCGGAGCUCCCCCUUUAGCUCUUGUCCCCGCUCCAGUGUGCCCUUACUCAGGAAAUAGGUACCCAGGCCCACCUGCGUCUUUUGAUAGCUCACGGAUUUCAAUCAGGAUUUUGCUAUUUCCUACCCCUUUGGGCUCUGAAGGGAAAGGGACCUCAUGGGAUUGGGUCCUUCCGUUCCAAUUUAGCAAUGGCCAAGGUCGAUAUCAUCCUAAAUUCCCCAAGAGCAAUCAAGCUUUCCCACACACUCAAUCUGUCUUAUGUUUGGAAAACACAUUCCUACAAUCAGCACAAAGGUGAAGAAAACACCCCGAGCGCUAAGGCACAGUCUCCCUCUUUCUGAGCCCACCUCCGUCACAUAAGGGCUUCCCCGUUAGCCUGAACACUGCUCUCUGAGAACCUGCCCAGGUGACGGCACUAACCCCAGAGAGGUUAUCGCUGACCCCCCAGUUCUGAGUCCAUUAGAAGAUGUGCCAGGGGCAUUUAUUUCAUCCUGAUGCUCUGGUGAGACUCUUCAGAGGAGCACUUGACCCAGAAGCUGUGGAUCUGUCUAGAAGAACCAAGCGGCUCAGAGGCAGUGACUACACACAUAGCACACGGUGUUUGCAUGCCAAGGCUGCUGGGCUGGGACCUGCCCUUUAGCAAUUCCAGUGUUGCUCCUGUUUAUGAAUUGGACAAAAAAUCCAGGGCAAGGGGGUGCUAUAAUUAAAUACUCUUUGGGAGAGUCAGAACGCAUUAGGGUGGUGUAGUCAGAUCCUUCUGGAGCAUAAAACAAAUUCUUAGACUCCAGGGCCCCUCCAGACCCGCUGCGUUCUAGCAUACAGCCCUUUCUGAGCAGGUGGUGCUCAAGCUUGUUUUCAAGAAGUCAUCAUGCUCCUCAGCAAAGCCCAUGACCCGCUCAUAUAGAUACCAACUGCACAGGCUAGUGUGCUUGCUUGCAUGUUAGAUUUAGUUAUAGAUAAAGUGGUAUUUGAGUCCAAUGUAUUAAACUUGCCAGAAAAAUUAUAUACGCUAAAUUGGAAGAGAAAUGUUUGUGCUGGAUAUUCUCCCAUUUGGACCUGCAGGCCACCCUCCCUGCCCUGCCCAGGAACCCGACCAGGGUGGCUACAUCAACAGGCCCCCUGGCCACCAGCUCCUGGUGGGUUGAGCCAAGGGGCAGCAAGACAGAAGAGCAGAGGGUGGGGAGAGUGAGGUCAGGGUUCUAACCUUAGGAUUGUCCCUGGUGGUGGCAGGAGUGGCUGCAUUCCUCUCUGAAGCCUCCACCAAGCCCCUCACCACACAGCUCUUAUCUCUAAGCUCAGCCACCUGCUCCAUCCUCUUGCUCCUGCAGGCCCAGAGGUGGCAAUGACUCGCCACUGUCGCCAGCCUCAGUGUACUGAAGCAGCCCUUACCAGUUCCCCCCAAAUUGUACCACAUCCUUAUUAAACAAUCCUUAAUUACCCAG